UUUAGUUCCGUCGCACAAAGACGCGGACGUUAUCCUUCCGACCUCAUUCACGGAUGAUCAAUUCUCGUUCCGAUUCGGCUUUUACAUUUGACGAUAAAUUGCAACGUUCCGUUCAAGCCCCCCUUUUAACCGGAAUCUUCCUUCUUAAAGUUUCCAGUGUGCAACGGUGAAUGGAGGAAAACCCUGGUUAUCGUGGAGAGCAUCAAGGCGACAUGGCGGGAGAAGGUCUCGGAGAUGUGGAGACACCAAUGGUGAAGGACAUAAGGAGGUACAUCUGCCAGUAUUGUGGAAUCAGCAGAUCAAAGAAACAUCUCAUCACUUCUCACAUUCUUUCCCAUCACCAGAUGGAAAUGGACGCAGAAGAAGAAGAUGAUGAAGCUGGUGAAGCCGAGGAGGAGUUCUCAGACAGAAACACUUGCCAAGAAUGUGGUGCUAGUUUUAAGAAACCUGCUCACUUGAAGCAGCAUACGCAAAGUCAUUCCCUUGAGAGAUCCUUUAGGUGCACUGUAGAUGAUUGCACUGCCAGCUAUAAGAGGAAGGAUCAUCUCAAUAGGCAUCUUCUUACCCAUAAAGGGAAACUCUUCAAGUGUCCAAUGGAUAAUUGCAAUCGCGAAUUCUCAGUACAGGGUAACAUGAAGAGACACCUCAAGGAAUUUCAUGAUAACGGGGAUAGUGGUAAUGAUGGCGAUCAUUCCACAGCUUGUGCAAACGGUCAGAAGCGGCAUGUCUGUGACGAGUCUGGGUGUGGGAAGGUGUUUAUGUAUCCAUCAAAGCUGCAAAAGCAUCAGGAUUCUCAUGCAAAGCUGGAGUCAGUGGAGGCAUUCUGUGCUGAACCCGAUUGUAUGAAGUACUUUACAAACGAGGAAUGCCUGAAAGCCCACAUAAGAUCAUGCCAUCAGUACAUUAACUGCGAGAUAUGCGGAUCCAGACAGUUGAAAAGGAACAUGAAGAGGCAUCUACGCACCCAUGAGGAAGAAUCUUCAUCCCGAGAAAUCCAGUGCGACUUCGAUGGCUGCUCUAUGACAUUCUCAAACGCAUCUAACCUCCGGAAACACAUGAAAGCUGUGCAUGAGAAUGUCCGGCCCUUUGUCUGUGGGUUUCCUGGCUGCAGUAUGAGAUUCGCUUACAAACAUGUGAGAAACAACCACGAGAAUUCCGGGUUCCAUACUUAUACCCGUGGUGAUUUCGUUGAAUCAGAUGAACAAUUCUUGUCCAGACCAAGAGGUGGAGUGAAGAGGAAGCAAGUUACAGCAGAGAUGCUGACGCGGAACCUCAGUUAAAUUCGACAGAAUGCCAGAAUAUAUAAGGCUCGUUUCAUGAGUCCGGUUGUUUUACAGGGUUUGUAAGUAGAAGUAGGUGUGAUGUAAAUGCAACUGUUAGGUUUGCAGUGAAUGUAUUCUAAAAAAUGAUUUUCUAGAUUAUGUCGACCGACCAAUGCAAAUAUUAUUCGUAUUAAGUCAAAGUUCUAACCUUUUGUC